AUGUCCAACGAAAUACAUGAACUUUGCGAAGGUGAUUAUCAAAUCGCAAUUAGUAAUGAUGGAAAAUUUGCUGCCACUUUUAAUACAAAAAAUCUUCAGAUUAAAAUUCUUAGAAAUCCUGAUUAUCGAAAUUUCAACAUUCCCAAGAAAAACAAUGAAUCCAAUAAUUUUAUAUCUCAUAAUCAGAAUGAAUCCGAAGUAUCAGUUGAAAGUAAUCAAACUUAUGUUGUCAAUUUCGACAAUAUACAAUCAGAUAUUACCGUUACCAACAAUAGCUUAUUCGAGUAUAAUACAAAUGUUUCAUUAUUUAAUGAUGAUGAAAUAAUCAUUGAUAUUCAAAGAAACGACGAACAUGACCAACAUGACCAAUGUGUAUGGUCAUUUGGUUUAUCGAACGUGACAAAAUUUCAAAAUAAUGAAUUUAUUUUCGUAGUAGUAUCUCGCAUGAAAGGUGAUAUGAAUGGUAAUUGCAAUAACAAAAGUAUGAUUUGUUUGAGAGUACAGCUAUCAGGUUUAACAGAUGAUCAUCCAAACUUCGUUUAUCUUAAACAAGAGAAAACUGCGGACGAAAAUAUAGUUCCGCCUUGGGAAUUUGUAAAUGACGAUUUGACCAUAUACGAUGAUGUAAAAUCGGGAAUUUGUAAAUUUUUAGAUGAAUGUGAUGAAAAUUAUAAUGAUGAUUCACAAUCAAAGAUUUGUAGAUUCGUAGUAUUUAAUCGAGUCUUUGAAAUUUUUGGUAAAAGAUAUGAAGAUUUCUAUUAUAAAAAGGGAGAUAUUUCUGUAGUAUUAAAGGAUUGCUUACCAAAUUGCAUGGACCGAAUUGUAUCAUGCUUCUGUAAAAAAUAUUUCUUGAAUCGCAGAAAAAAUAACCUUGAUGUUUAUUAUCUAUCAAAUGGUAUGGUCGAAACCGGCAUAGUAAGAGUCAAAAGUAUUGAAAAGUACACAAGAAACACGACGACUUCUUAUGCAAUUGAUGAACAAAAUUUGCACCUUUGUGUUACUCGAGGAAUUCAAUCUAUUGAAAAAUUUAAAGGAAUUGAAAGGAUACACUUGGCAGAAUUUGUUUAUAGCGAUGAGAAAUUACUUUUAAUUGGUAGUGAAUCCGUGGAUGAUGAUAAGAAAGAUCUAAAGAUUAUUAUCUGGGAUUUAUAUGACACUGAUGAGGUUGAGACUAUACCGUUAGAAAAUUUCACUGUACAAAAUCUUAGUACUCGCUUGGCUAGCACAUCUGGAAAUCUUUUGCAAGUUGAUGAUAAAGGAAUUGUUACAUCGGUUCUCAAGAUGAUUGAAAUAUCAUUAAAAAAGGAUGAUCAAAACAAUUUGCCACCCAAUACAGUAUAUUUCCCGGAUAAGCAAAAUGAACUACCAUUUCAAGAGCAACAUAAUCACUACAUAUACUUUUGCGAAACUUACGAUAAAAAUAAUUUCAAUUUAGUAGUUGAUGACACGGAACCGUGGGCAAAAGAUGAAUAUAAAAAGACUUCUUUUUAUCUUCGUCAUGAUAAAACUGAAACUUUGCAACUUGUAAUUGGCAGGUCUACCAUUCAAAUCUGGCAUCAAAUACUUUCAGAUCCAAGUCAUAAAUGUGAAAAGGAGGAACUACCCAAUGAAGGAAGACCAUUUCUUGAAUAUAUUUGGACAAAUGGAAUUGCACCAGAAAAAGAAAAUGAAGAAAAUAGAUUACAUAUUAAAGAGAUUCGGUUCGGGCCAGAAUAUUUUAAAUUGGAGGUCAAUUGGAAGACAGAUACCGAGAAAGAUGAAGGUAAAAGCACUACAAAACAUAAGACAAUUGAAUGGAAGAAUAUUAAUGGAAAUGUUAAAGGAGUAAUACAUGCAUGCAAAGCAUUAAAGUACAUUAAUAAAUGCAAGAAAAUUCUUGUUGAUAAUAAUAACAGAAGAUAUCAACAUAUAAUCUGGAGAUUUAUUGAGUAUAAGCCGGAUCAAUAUAGAUUGCUAGAUGUGCGGCAUAAUGUUAUGAAGAAUUUAAUUCUUGGUGAUUGUGUUCAAUUGAUUAAAUAUAUUUUAUUCGGAAAGGAAGACAAGAAGGAUAGUGUGGAUGGAGAAUUCAUAAUAAAGCAUUUACCAAGAAGAAAAUUUUGGAAGAAGAAUGAUGAUCUAGACCUUUCUAAUAAGAAAGAUAAGAAUACAUAUAUAAAGGAUGAGGAUCUUGCCCUCUUUAAAAAGGAAGUUGUAGGAAAUAACAGACCAAGAAAUGACUUGGAGCUAGCAAUAUAUUAUAGUUGUGGUCGUAAAAAAACAAGUAUUGUCGCGUACCUUUUGGAAUAUUAUUCAAGGCGUGCAAAAGAUCCUGGUUGGAUGGUUACUGUUCCUGAGGCACUUCCUUUACUGUAUAAAUAUAGAUAUGAUCAUUAUGUCAAAAAAUUAUUUCAAAAGCCGUGCUUUUAUUAUUUAGAGAGUCCUUAUAAAGGUUCUGAACGUCGCAUUUUUAAGAAAUAUAAGAACAAAUUACACUCCAACUCAACUAUAAAAAGCCAGAAAGACUCUGAAGUGUUAAAAUUACAUCGCUUACCUCUGCCUGAAUUCACAAUGCAUAAAGGAAAUAAGCCUUCUCAAAAGAAAAUUGUAGAAAUUUUUUGGUUCAUAUUUUUCAUAUUUAUACCACAAUGGUACAACAAAGAAAAUUUAAGUCCUUUUGCGCGGAUGAUGAAAUAUAAUAAUAACAGUAAAGAUAUGUUUGAUAACCCGGCAGUUGAGGCUGUCAUUGAUUAUUAUUGGCCAAGUGCAAAGAAUUUCUUUUAUUCUCUUUUAUUUCGAUAUUAUUUUUUUGGAUUUUGUUCCAUCUUCAUUAGUUUGAUAUAUGUUGAUAAAUUUAGUCUAGAUCCAAUUUAUAUAGUUGCAGUAAUCAUUAUAUUUUAUUAUUUGGCGAUUUAUCUAUUGAUAACCGAAACACACCAAAUACUCCAUUAUGGAGUCUACAAAUAUCUUGAUAUAUUUAAUUGGUUUGAUAUGUUUUCGGUUGUAAUUCCUGUAGUAAUCAUGUCAAUAGUACUCAUCGAUGAAUUUACCUUUUCUGAUGGUUUUGGAAGUAAAGUACAAACAAGAUAUAUUAUAUCAUUAACCGGUUCAAAUUUUAUUAUCUUUUUUCAAAUGAUUUUAUGCCUUCGAAUGUCAGAAAUUGCCACUUACACGAUCUUUUAUGUUGGCGUUACUUUAAAAGAAAUAUGGCCUCUAAUUGUAUUCAUAAUAAUUAUAAUUUAUGGACUUGCAAAUACAAUGUUUACUCUAUUUAAAGAUCCAAGUGUGGAUGAAACAAAUUCUGACAAAUUGAAAGAAUUUAUUGAUAUUCCAAGUUCAAUUAAGAAUGUAUAUUUUUGGGUUAAUGGUGAUUCAGCUCCAGAAAACUUUGCCACCUUUGCUAUAGCAACAUUUAUUAUACUUGCUAGUUUCUUCAUCGUAGUUGUGCGAAAUAUGCUGAUUCCCUUAAUGAGCGCCGCUUAUGAUAUAUCGAAAACUAAAGGUAGACAAGCUUUCUUAAGAUAUAGGGCAGGACAAUUAGCAGAUUAUGAAGCAUUGCAUCAUUUUUGGCCUCGUGAACAAGAUCCAACAUACAUUCCUUGUCAGGCAAAAACAUUUGAAGAAUGGUGUAAAAUUAUAAAAAAUGAUAAAGAUCCCAUUUAUAAAGAUUUCGAAGAAUUCAACACAUCAAAAUAUGCCAAUAUUUUUAAAGUAACUACUUAUGAUAAAGUUUCGAUUUGGAAAUUUGACAAUCAAAAUGAUCAAUUUGAUAAAAAACAUCAUAAAUGUGAUGAAAUCGAAAAGUCAUCACAUACCGCUACGACUAGUAAAGAUGAAAGAAAGCCUAUGGGUAAUGAUCAAGAAGAUAUGGAGGAACUUGAAAAUUUGAUUGAACAUUUACUUCAAAAAUAUGACAAUCAGAAAAUCCGAGAAAAAGUUUUUUCAUGUUUCAAAAAGUCUUAG